AUGACGGGGCUGAUCAUUGGACUAGGAGCUGGAAGUGGCGAGAUGCUUCUGGUUCUAGUUAUAGGCAGCAUAUUUGUAAUACGUAUAAUCCAAAGACGACGGAAGAAAAGGAUGAGACUAUUGUUUUUCAAGGGAAACCGAGGGCAACUGCUACAACAACUAAUGUGCCAAAGGGCAGAUAUAGCAGAAAGAAUGAUCCUUCCUUUAGAAGAACUAGAGAAAGCCACCAACAACUUUGACAAAGCUCGUGAGCUUGGCGGUGGAGGGCACGGCACAGUGUACAAGGGUAUUUUAUCAAGUCUACAUGUGGUGGCAAUUAAGAAGUCAAAGAUAGUGAUACAAAGAGAAAUUGAUGAGUUCAUCAACGAGGUUGCUAUUCUUUCUCAAAUAAACCACAUAAAUAUUGUGAAGCUUCUUGGGUGUUGCCUUGAGACAGAAGUUCCUUUACUUGUUUAUGAGUUUAUUUCCAACGGCACUCUUCACAAUCAUCUUCACAUGAAAGCUUCGUUAUCACUAUCAUGGAAAGAUAGACUGAGUAUUGCGGUUGAAAUAUCCAAGGCUCUAUCAUAUCUUCAUUCACUCGCUUCAACACCAAUAAUUCAUAGAGAUGUGAAGUCUCCUAAUAUACUUCUUGAUGAUAAUUUGACGGUAAAGUUGUCAGACUUUGGAGCUUCAAGGUAUGUUCCAAUUGAUCAGACUGGGAUGGAUACUAUAGUCCAAGGAACAUUCGGAUACUUGGACCCUAUGUACCACAGCACGGGGCAUCUUACCGAGAAAAGUGAUGUCUAUAGUUUUGGCGUGAUCCUGAUAGAGCUGCUUACCAGAAAGAAGCCUGUUUCAUAUAGGUCCCCUCAGGGGCAUAGUCUUGUGUACCAUUUCGUGACUCUACUGUCUAAAGGCAAUUUAGCUCGCAUAUUGGAUCCACAAGUGUCGAAGGAGGGAGGUGGCGAAGUUGUUGACAUUGCUUUGUUAGCAAAGAUGUGCGUGAAGGCCAUAAGCAAGGAGCGGCUGACAAUGAGACAGGCGGAGAUCAUGCUUGAAAGCAUUCAUGCGGCAAAGGAGUGUGCUUCUAGUGAUGAUAUGACGGAUGAAUCGGAGGACAGUUACAUCUCAAGGAAUGACCUGUCUGUUGGAGGGAAAAGCGAGGAUGUUGCAAGCCAUCAAUGA